GACGUUGAGGUUGACGUUUGUUUAAAUGUUUUGAAAAGUAAAACAAACAAAUCUUUUCAAAUUCAAACAAACGGUUUAUAAGUAUAUAACUUUAAUAUUAUACAACAACAAUAGUAAUAUGCUUGUGUGUAUUAGUAUUUUUCUAAUUUGUUAUCUGAGUCUAACAGCAAAUACCAGUUAUAAUUCCCAAAUAGAAGAACGGGGAAGAGCACAGUACCAAUUAAUUCAAGAAAAGGGAAACCUGCCCCAAUAUGGUACCUGUUGGAAGUCAGGGAUACAAUAUUUGGAAAGAGGAUGCAAACUUCUCACAGACGAAAUACAAAGUGAAAUUGCGUUACAUUUUACAAACUGCUUUCUUUCAAUGUCAGGCCAUGAUACAUACAAUUGCGGAUUGGAUAAAAAGGCCAAUGUUAGAGCUAUAUGUAUAAAUAGUAUGUCUGACAGAGCUUUUAAUGUUUAUACAGAAUUUUAUACCCAUACACAAAAUAUAUGCGCAUUUUUACAAGGGCAUGUAUGGCAAGAAAUAAUAGCUGAAAAUACAAUACUUGUUGGUCACCAAUUAAAAGAAACAGCUCAAAAUCAAGAAGGAUUGUUGGCAGCCCAGAAGGAAAGCUUAAAGCUUCAAGAGAAAAUGCUGCAUCAUGGCAAAGUAUUGGAAAAUAUUUUAGAAGAUUUAUUUAGGCAGCAUGGGGAUAAUUUAAAUGUAUUAUUGUCAACCAUUUCCAAUUUUCAAUCUUGGAUUGUUAGGGAAAUGUCUUGGUUUGAUUCAGUAAUUUUUUAUACAGUUUCAGUUGUUUUAUCGUUUAUUUGUACUUCCUCCUCUAGAACCAGUGCAUCUAGGUUAAUCAUUUUUUUUCUUCAAUUUUUAAACUUUCUAUCUGAGAGGAUAAUAUGUUCCAUUUACAUUUUUAUUUCUGAUAAAGAUACUUCAAAUCUUUAUUCCAAAGUUUAUAGUUACAUUUGGUUCUCAAGAUACGUUUUUAUUAGCAUUUCUGUGUUUUUAUUGGUAUAUUUUGCUGUUAACCAUAAAAGUUAUGUCCAACAACAAUUUGAAAUAUUAUUAUCUAUUCAGAAACAAAAUUCAAAUAUUUUGAAAAUUCUUCAAAAUCAUCCAAAACCAUUGAAUCUUAACCCAGAGGUAGUUGAUAAGACUUAUUUGAAUAGCAUUAAUGAAAAUAUUAAAGCUAUGAAUAAUUCCUUAGGUGAUUUAAAAAGUUCAAAAGAUUUGUCAAAUAAAUCACAAAAAGAACUUCCAAACGACAUUGAUAAUACGGACAAAAACUAUGACUUAUUAAAUCUCAGUAUAAGAACGCUCACAAGAAAAAGACAUAUAUUGAUCAGUGACAAUAGUGUUAAUAAACAAUUAAAAGACAGCAACGUAAGUUUUGAUGAAAAGUAUAAUCUCAGAAGCAAUAGAUGUGCUAAAUCAGAACCAAGACAAAUAUAAACAGUAAGCAAAUACUCAUUUUCUUGUAGUUUUAGAAACAAGAUACUCCCUACGAACAAUAUUAAUAAUCGCUUGCUUCAGUCUGUUUUCCUUACUUCAGUCAACAUCCCUAAAUCUUUGUAUUUGGAAGAUAAUAUAAUCUAUCAAGUAUUUAAAUUUUGACAGAUUAAAGGUACUUUACUAGUGAGUUUCGAAUCUAUAUUUAGAUAUGACAUAUUUUAAGAGGCAACAUCAGCGCGCGAAAAACGCGUUCCUAGAUUACAACUUUAAUUUUGAAUAUUUUGUCGAGACAUUUGGCACACACAUUCGUAAUAUAAUAAAGAAUGGCGGUACAGAGCCCAAUUUGAGAAAUAUGUUAUUCUUUUUCUCAUAGGCAUCUUUCAGUGCGUCACAGUUUUUCGAUUUCUUUCUAACGCAUUAAUUGUAUGUGACAGAAAAAAAGGCACGUCCGUGAUUACAGACAUUUAUAACAUUUAUAGGUAUACAAAAUUAUUAUACAAAAUAUACUUACAGGCAACAACCACCGUCAAAUUACAUACUAACAGUAAUCGCACAAAAAUAGAACGGGGGGUUAGACAAGGAGACCCAAUGUCACCUAAGCUUUUAAUACGGUCUUAGAACAUGCCUUCAAGAGUUUGGAUUGGAUGACGAAGGGAAUAAAAUAGAUGGAGAAUACCUAAACAACUUGCGUUUCGGCCGAUGAUAUAGUCAUAGCUGAGGAUCUAGGUAUGGCAAGAGAGAUGGUACAGGAACUCGUUGUGGCUACAGAAAAUGUAGGUUUAAAUAUAAACAUCUCGAAAACAAAAAUAAUGACAAAUUUGGUACCCAACCAGAACAUCAGUAUUGGUGGGAAAGAAAUAGAACUCGUAGAUAGAUAUAAAUACCUGGGACAUAAAAUUACGAUUGGCAGGGAUAACCAGACUCAUGAACUGAAGAGAAGAAUCGACCUUGGGUGGGCCGAAUUUGGAAAACAGAAACUUUUAAAAGUGAGUUGCCCACAUGCCUAAAGAGAAAAUAAUUUGAUCAGUGCGUCCUCCCAGUCUUGACGUACGGAUCAGAAACACUUACCUUAACUAAAGCCUCCGCUACCAAACUAAGAGUCACGCAGAGAAGAAUGGAGCGGUCAAUGUUGGUAAUAAGUCUGCGAGACAAAAUAAGAAACGAAGAAAUCAGGAGGAGAACAAAGGUGACUGACGUCAUCGAAAGGAUAGCCAAGUUGAACUGGAGAUGGGCAGAACACAUAGCCAGAAUGACAGAUGGGCGAUGGACAAAGAGGUUAUUAGAAUGGAGGCCAAGAGAAGCGUCGGUCGACCGCCUACAAGAUGGACUCACGACUUAGGAAGGCUAAAUAAAAACUGGGUGAGAGCGGCGCAGGAUAGAUGGGGUUGGAAACGAGGGAAGGAGUCCUAUGUUCAGCAGUGGACUUUUGAGGCUGGAUGAAGAAUAACAAUUAUUCUAGUUGUCGAUAGAUGGCGCUAUAAUCGAAAAAAAAAAUUUUUUAGGAAUUAUAUAAUAUAUCUACGAAUAUAAUCUGUACAAUUUAUAAGACUAUACAAAUCAAAGAAAAUUCCAUUUUAUAAAUGCAAUAAACACAAUUGAUUUGUUUAUAUGUGACAACUGUCAGAUUUAACUAAAAUGUCAUGUUAGAAUAAAUGUUAUAAAUGUGUAUUAUCACGGACUUACCUUUUUUUUCUAUCAUUUGUGACGCAUUGAAAAAUGCCCAUGGAAAGGACCAUAGUAUGUGGAAAUUACUCUAUAAUUAAAUAAAAUAUUACAAAAACGAGCCUGUACCGCCAUUAAGAAAAACAAAAAAAUACAUUUCUUCAAAUAAACUUUUUUAUCCCA